UGCUACGCAUGCGCAUAUGGAACUGGUGCGAUUAGUUGGUGUUGCUGCAGUGACUCAAGCGCAGAGUGGAGCGGUCGCCGGAGAUGCCUGACGGUCUGUACUGAGGAGCGGCUAGCAGCGCGAUGGAGCGGGCCAGGGACCGCUUACACCUGAGACGGACUACGGAACAGCACGUACCAGAGGUGGAAGUCCAAGUCAAACGUAGAAGGACAGCCUCACUGAGCAACCAAGAGUGUCAGCUGUACCCAAGGCGAUCUCAGCAGCAGCAAAUACCUGUGGUGGAUUUCCAGGCGGAACUGAGACAGGCAUUCUUAGCUGAGACACCAAGAGGUGGUUAAAGCAGUAUUGGAACAUCCAGCUGACAAUGUAUCAAUGUAUUUGAUUCAGCUGACAAUGUAAUAAAAAUAUUAUCCAUGAUUUUUUUCAAUGUGAUAUAGAUUUAUUUACAGUCUGUCUUUUUAUGUUUUAUGUGACCUUUUUAAAAUUUUAAUAUUUGAAUGCCUGUAAUCCAAAGGGUUUAAUAUACUUUUUAGAAACUAGGAGACAGGAGCCUAUUGAUGAGUUUUGUUCUAGAUUUUCUUUAUUUCUGUUUUGGUGUAUUACCUCUCAACUCACAUUAAUUAGGCCUGUUUAUAGCCACUAUUUUGAGUUUUAAAUUAAAAGAUGUAAAACAGAUUUUCUGAGAAUUCUCCCCUGCUGCAUCCUUUACUCAGCGUUCUCCAGUAAUUACCUGGAGCCGAUUGCAGGGCAGUGGCAUUGAUUUCAGACAGUGGAAUCUGAUCAUUGUCCCCAGCUGUUCCCCAGAGUAAGGCCAUUUUUAAAUGAUUAAGUGAGAAAAGCAGAUUUUUUUUUAAAACCAGGAGUUUUUUGGCUCUUCAGUGCUGUUCAUACACUCUUGUAAGUUCCUAAGUAUAAUUAUUUAUUUAUUUACCUGGGGCUUAUGAUCAAGAGUCAACAUGCUCUACCAACUGAGCCAGCCAAGCACCCAUAUAAUAAUUAAGUCAUACAUUAUGAUCUUCAUAUAGGAUCAUCUGGUUUUCUGAUACUCUGUUUCAUGUGCUAGUUAAACAGCACUUGUUACUGGGAUUAUUUUAGAGCAGGGUUUAGUAAAGUAUCUGACCCACUCACUGUUUUCCUAAAGGACAUUUUAUUGGCACACAGCCAUGUCCUUUCAUUUGUGUAUGGUGUGUUGCUGUAUUUGUCACUACAGCAGCAGAUUGGAGUAGUUGUGACAGAUUGAAUGGCAGGUAAAGCUUGAAAUACUAUCUUCUUCCUUGAAAGAAAGUUCUCUGGCAUCUUUCUUAGAGAAUCACAUUUAAAGAUGAAAACACCAAGUUGGGACAGUGGGGGACUGGUGAUACUAUAGAAGGUGGUGGAGAGAAAGGGGUUAUAAAGGAAGUUAUAUGAAAGUGAACAUUACAGGGUAGGGAACCAGAUAAAUUUCUGGGAUAAGGCUCAAGUCUAAGAAUCAUGUCUAAAGAAUAAAUGUAGAUGGGUAGUUUUUAAAUACAUUUUAACAAUUGGUAUGUUUUCUUUUUUACAAUAAAAAUCUAAAGCUUCCAAGUGAUAGACAAGAAAAAUGGGGAGGUAAACCAAAGAUUUUAAAACCCAUGUUUCAGGCACAGCCUAAGGUUGACUUUUCUUUCAUUUUCCCCAUUUGCUUUUUUUUAGUUGGAAUCAUGCUUUUAAAUGAAUUUAUUUUGUAUUUAUUUCACUUAAAUGUAUAUCACUGUUUCCUCAUUUUAUUAUAGUCAUAAUUAUCAUUUCUAAUGAAUAAAUGAUAGUUCAUUCAUGAUUUACUUUUCCUUGUACUUGUUUGCUAUGCUUUUAUAAAUAUUCUAUAUUUUAAAGAUAUAUUUGGUAUCUUGAAUUUAUUAGGAUAAGUAUCAAAUUGUGGACUGUAGGGUAUACACAUUAGUAUGACUCUUAAAUGUUUUGUUACAUUGCUUUCUGACAGCAUCAUAAGCGUUGUUUGCCAUCAAGAAUAAUUACUACUAGUGCUAGUUUCUCAGUACCAUCUUUGUGUGUCUUUUUCUUUGAUAAAUAAACAGUUCCAAAAAUGGAAAAUUGUUUUCUUUGUGUGUGUGUGUGUGUGUGUGUGUGGUUUUAAUUGGCAUUGCUUUGUGGAUGAAUACUUUUUUCCAUUUAUUGUGUUUUCUCCUUUUACUUGUUAAAUUCUACACAUUUUCUGUGAAGGGUGUGAUAUUUUACCAGAUUUGAGUGAGCAUUAAUGCAUUACCAUUAUUAUAUGAUUUCUCAUUUGUUGUAUGUAUCUUGGACAAGUUUGACCAUCUUAUCUUUUCACUUAAAUUUGUAUAAAGUUUAAUCAUUUGAAAGUCCAGACUUUCCAAAAGUUUAAGAACUUCUUCUGUGAGGAAUCUCAGGAUGUUUGAGUCAGGGGGCCAUUUAUUUGCUUAUGCUUUUUGAUGUAAGGAGACUUAUCAUAACUGUUAAUUCAUCAGUGCAAUGUGAUGUUGCUGUUCUUACGCUGUUCUUCAUGAGGCAUAUUGCUGUCAUUUGCUAUGGAGAUAAAUUUGAUCAGUCUCCAAAGUGAAACAUCCUUUCCCUUAUAAGUGUUCAUGACUAUGGUAUACUAAAUUUAGGAAUAAGAGAUAACUUUCUAAAUCUUAGGUCCUAUUCGUUAAGGAGAGUCUUUUCUUAACCACUUCAUUCAACCCCUAUUCUGAGUUGUGAGUAAAAUGUGUAUCUCUUAUUUAUAUAGAAUAUUUUAUAUUAUAUUACACAUCUGUGUUCCCAGUUCUUUAGGUCUCCAGUUCUUUAGUUUAUGACUCACAUCUCCAGGUACAUUUUUAUACUUGAUAACUGGUUAACAACAUCUAGUAGAUGUGGAAGGGGUUUAUAAACUCAGCAGGUUAGGUGAUGGACAGAAACAGGACUGCGACUGGCCUUUCCUUUUUACUCUUCCCCUAUACAAAGGAAAUGUUUGAAUUUGUUGGUUAAGUUAAACUAUGAAUUAAGCCUGAUAGUUGUGUUCACUGAAAUGCCAGUUGGGACAGAAUAUUUAAACUGAAGCUGAUAGGGAAAUCUGUACUUGAAUCUUUUUGGUAUCUGAAGGUAAAAUUUUGUUUCUGAAUUUUAAAGUUUUAUUGGAAAGGUGACUGACUAUAAAUUCACCUUAAAUGCACAUUUGAUGCUGGGUUCCAUUACAUCCUUACGUAAGAAACUUUUCAGUGAUUACAUUUUUUUUUCCCUUAAAUGAACUCUUGAAAUCUAGCCCUACUGUUUUUUCCUUUUGUUCUAAUAAUCACAGUCUUGCGGUGCAGUGUCUGGUAGUACGUCUCCAUUGUUGAUGGUAGAGGGUGUGUACUCCAGUAAUAGUGUCUUGUUGAAUGGUUAGCAUUUUUGUUUUUGUUUUUAUUUUUUUUCACUAAGGAUGAUAUAAAAAGUAAUGUUACAAACUUUGUACAUUAUGUGAAAGUCUUGUUGACAUUUUACAUUUUAAAAAAGCUCUUUUGAUUUAUAGUUUAUAUACCAUAAAAUGCACCUAAAUUUUUCAUAAGUACACUGACUUUUGCAACCAUUGUCAGGUACUUUUAGGAUGCUGCAUUACCAAAGUAAGAUCCUUCAUGCUUAUUUACAUACAUUCCCUGUUUCCACUCCCAACUUCAGGUUACCAUUUAAUUUACUUUCUGUUUCUAUGUGUAUUUUUUCUAUUUCUGUAGAUAAUUUACUUUCUGUUAAUAAUGGAUUGCUGAAGACUUUAUAUCUUCAUAGAUACAAUAUUAUGAAAAUUGCUAAAAAAUGAAAAUUGCUACUUUAAAAAUAAACAAGUACAGGAUUUAAACAGCUUCAUAGAUAAUCCUGUCAGGAUGAAGAACAUCUGUAUUAUAGGCCUUAAACUACAUAUGUUGCCUAAUUGCAUUCAAAUAAAAAAAAACUACAUUUAUUUGGGGAGGGUUGGGUACAUUAGUCUGCUGAUUUGAAUAGAUCUUUUGAGAUCUUUACAUGUCAGUUUUAUGCAAAACAUUAAUUCAUGUACAAAUAUUGGAUGCUACAAAAGGGGGGUAUCCCUGAUGUCAUUUAUCUUUAAAGACGUAAAUUAGGUAGAUGGAAGAAGAAACAAGUGUAUAGAUAUUAUAGUUAGUUAAGAUAAAUUUUGGAUGGACUCCUGGGUGGCUCAGUCUGUUGAGCAUCUGACUUUGGUUCAGCCCCACAUCAGGCUUCCUGCUCAGUGGGGAGUCUGAUUCUCUCUUUGCCCCACUCCCACCCCCCUGCUUGUGCGAUCUCUCUCAAAUAAAUAAAUACAAUAUUUUUUUUUUAAAAGAUAAAUGUUAGAGAAAUAUGGACGAUGUUGAGUAUAUAGGUAGAUUGUCUUUCAGAAAAAAGGCACAAAUGGUGCAUGGCAGUUUGCAUUUGGAGAAAAAAGGUUAAGAGAUAUUCUGAGUAAUGAUGAAUUUAUUUUUUUAGAUAAUCUGUUACUCCAAAUUCUCAUAAAAUGCAUUUAACAACCAUCAGAUUUUUAUAAUUAUGGGGCAACAUCUACAUCUUACCACCCGUAACUGAAUUUUUUCUUUCCUACUAUUCCUUUUACUUCUUAUCUAGUGUCCUAUAGUUCCACAUGGAAAACUGUAUCCUCAAAACAUUCUUUUACAGUAUUGUUUUGAUGUUAUAGUUCACACCCACACUUUAAAUGAUUUUAUUUUCACAUCCUGAAAUAAUUCAUAAUAUACUUAACCAGUGUACAUAGCUGUUUGAAAAGUGUCUCUGUUGAAAACAACAAUUUUAAUGUCUGUAUUGUUAAAAGUAAAAUUAUAUUAGAUUUUGUUUAUGAUAUGGGGCUACAUUUCUGCAUAAAGCCAAAUUCCCAUUCAAGUCUAAUUUGUGUGUUUACUUUUCAAAUAAGUAUAAUUGGUAGCUUGAGACCCUUUUCCAGUUUUGACUAUAUUUGAUUUCCAGACUCAAGAACAUUUUCAUUAGUAUAUUGGGAAAAAUAACACUGUUGUAAUAAUGCAUUUUUUUAUUGCUAAGAAAGUUGCCCAUAUAUCCUAAUAAACAUACUUCAGUUGUAUCCUAUUUUAAUGUAGGAAGUCAUAAGCAGGUACAUGAUAAUGCAUUUGGUUCUUGGCAAAGAAAGAUAAUCUAGCAUUAUUUUGAAGUGCUUUUGGCAGGGUUGAGGAGUGGGGGGAGAUUGAAUUUGAAAACAUUUAGGUGGUUUAACUAGGAAGCAAAGGUUUUAACCCAACUCAGGACAGUAAUUCAGAUGGCUAAACAUAAGGAUAUCAAAAUGUUGAAAUAGAGAUGAAACGGUGUUAACUUGGGACCAGAGAAUGAAGCACUACCUAAAAUAAGAAUGGAAAGAAAAGAGAUCACAAUUUUUGGAAUGGGAAAUAAAAGCAAUUUUUGAAACAUUUAAAAAUUUCUGCAUAAAGCAAAAAUUUAAUAAACUUUGUCAAUUUUAAGUACAUAAAAUGGGGGAGUUAAGGUGAAGGAAUAGUGAAAUGUGGUGUUCACUUGGUGGGUAUAAGAACAUGGGAAGUCUUUUGAACAUGUCUGUUAAAAUGAUUUUCAUAAAAAAUUGUCUGCCUGUUUUUAAACAUGGUAGAUUGCAGUGCAGCUAGAUCAUGCUUUC